AUGAAAGCCCAAGCUUUCUUCUUCACGAUAACUUUUUGCACAGCUGUCCUCGGUUCAGAAAAUUAUGGAAGUUCCAAGGAUGCUUUUCCUUGGCAGGAAGUAGCAGCCUUGGAGUGGCGUAGCGAAUUCAACGGUGCCAGUGAUUUCCAAUCCACUUCGGCUCUACCUGCUACUGCUGUCACUCACUGGGGAUCGAAUAUACAGCGAGUAAUAAUAAGGGUAGAGAAGCAUUUGUUGGACUUGUAUACGUUUGACUCGACAAUUGGAAUUGCAGAACAAGUAUAUUCUCAUUGCCAGUCGCUGGAAAAUUUGAGUAACCAAAUCCUACAAGACCUCGCGGGUCCAGAAUGGGAACCUGCGCGACAACAAAUUGAGCAAGCGGUCAAAAAACAAAGCCAAGUUCUCAAUAGCGAGCUCAAACUACUUUCAACUGAAAAUCUGAAGUCGCAAGCAGCACUCUUAUUGAAGAAACUACAGAAACUUACCACAGAUUUUCAAGACAUUGCCCUUAUGGUUGAAAACAGAUUUUCGCCACUUGAACCCCAUUAUCGCCCAGAAUUACUGAAUAUUGCAAACCCGCUCGAUGAACUGACGGUCGGAAGACUCGUGGGAGAAGGCAUUGCCAAGAAAGUUGAGGAAAUGGUUAUUGGGGGCGAUCUUCAUGGUUCAAUUAAUGAAAUUGCUAACAUCUUCUGUGAUUUUGGCACACUUAUAACGGCCUAUGCAACGGGUCUGGCGAUAUGUACUUCCGGUGUCGCGGUGGUGCUAUGUGGAAUUUCCAUCCUCGUUUGUGGAGGAGGCACCGUAAUAUAUGUUUGUCGGCUCCUGCAACAUUUGAAAGAUAUUUACAAAGUACUGGCCUAUCCAGGAAGCUAA